AUGAGUUCCAAAUCCGCAGCAGCCAUCUUGCAACGGCAGUUCAAGGACCUCACAGACCCCAAGAAGGGCAUUCCUUCGUUCCACAUCGAGUUGGACGACGACAACAUCUUCCUCUGGAACAUCGGCAUCAUGGUCUUGAACAAGGACUCCGUCUACCACGGAGGAUACUUCAAGGGCCAGAUGCGGUUCCCUGGCGACUUCCCGUUCGCCCCUCCAACCUUCCGUUUCACCCCUGCCAUCUAUCAUCCAAACGUUUAUAGAGAUGGUAGACUUUGCAUUUCCAUUCUUCACCAGGGAGGCGACCCCACAUCCGACGAACCCGACAGCGAGACCUGGACCCCUGCCCAGACAGUGGAGUCGGUCCUCAUAUCCAUCAUAUCGCUCUUGGAAGACCCCAACGUGUCCUCUCCUGCCAACAUCGACGCAUCCGUCGAGUUGAGAAAGAACCCCGAGGCCUACAAGAAGAAGGUGCUUCAGGAAGUCGAACGUUCAAAGGCAGACAUUCCCGAAGAUUUCAUCAUGCCUGAGUCGGAGCUUUACGCAUUCGGUGCCAACAACGGCACCGGCAAAGAGUUGGAACAUGAACCGGUUGACGAAGACUUCUGGUAUGACAGCGAGGAGGAAGAAAGCUUUGACGAAGAAAGUUUGAUGGAUGACAUGGAAGAUCACAAUGAAGACGAUGACGAAGAAGAAGAGGAAGACGACGAUGUUGACAUGAUCGCCAAGUGA